GAGAGUUCAGAUGGCUAGAGGGGUCCCCCAGCUUGCCAGGGAAGGCGUGAGGAGGGGGUAACUUCCUGGUCCACCGACCCUCUGAGAAAGUAGCCUUUGCAUUUCUUCCCAGGAUUAGAAGACUUUUCUAGGGGAGAAGGCUCACUCAUCUGAAAUCCUGAAGCUUCCUGCAAAACCAUCUGCCGAGCCAGAGACUCUAGUCUCCCAAGAAAGUCCUGUUGAUUCUGUGAAAAUAACCAGUAGCGCUGGUUUGGGCCAUCCUUGCUCCACAAAAUCAAAAUGGCAGCUGAGUGGGGCAAUGCAUCAGCCUUGGGUUUAAAGCUAAAGGUGGCAUCAGAGAGUGGAACGCAGCUGGAGGAAGUGGUCUUGGCAGGCCCAGACUCUGAGAAGAUGGUAGAAAAAAGUUCUCUUGUGAUCCGGGCUGGGAGCUUGAGAGAAUUCUGGGGAAGUGCCAUCCCCCCACAGGUUAAACAGGAGCCAAUUGAAGAGCUUCAGCAGUGCUGGGAGGCUCAGCUUCAGGGGUUUGUGAAAGCGCUGGAUGCCCCUCGCUUAGAUGGAGGCAGUUCUCAGAUGCAGCAGCCCAUGCCAAGGCCCAAUCCUGAGGAUUUUCUGUCCCUGUUUGGGGACACAACUGAGCUUAAUCAACAGCGUGAAGUAGAAAAAACGACACUACUCUCGCUAGGCCUCUGUAAGGAAUCGCAAGCAACUGAUCGAAAUCCCUUGGCCACAGACUGGAGUGGGGAAAUGAAGGAAGAAACCUUUGAUGGGGAAACGGUUGCCUUGGAUUCACAACGGCAACACUUCAGGCAUUUCUCCUACUGGGAAGCAGAAGGACCACGGGAAGUUUGUCGAAGACUCCGUGAACUUUGCUACCUGUGGCUGAAGCCGGAAAGUCACACCAAGGAGCAGAUUCUGGAGCUGGUGAUCCUGGAGCAGUUUCUGACCAUCCUCCCGAAAGAAAUCCAGAGCAGAAUCAGGGCCUGGGACCCCGAGACUUGUUCCCAGGCGGUGGCCUUAGCCGAAGAUUUCCUUCCGAAGCAGCGACAGGAUCAGAGGGGAGAUGAGAAGGUGCUGAGGCCAUUGGAGGAGUCGGAUCCCUUGGACACAUGGCAAAAUCCAGCAUUCAGACAGAUCAAACAGGAGGAGGACUUGGAUGCAAACAGGCCGGGUCAUUCAAGGAAGGAGAAUAAUCAACCAGAUGUCUCUGGGGAAAUAGAAACAGGAACAACUGAGAAGAAAGUUUUCCAUGGCUCUGAUUGGUGGGGAGCUUGUGAGGGUCACACGAGAAUCAGUACUGGAAAGGAAAGGGAGACGUUAAUUCACUGCCCUCAGGGCUACAAGCAACUUGACAAAACUCUCAAAGGUGUGAGAGAGCAAGCAUGCACUGAAUGUGGGCAGUUUUGGAGAGGCAAGGUGGAACUUAUUCAGACCCAGAGAAUGCACCCAGGAGAGAAACCUUACAAAUGCUCAGACUGUGUGAAGAGCUUUAGCCGGAAAGCUGACCUUGUCAGUCAUCAGAGGAUCCACACGGGGGAAAAACCGUACAAAUGCAUCAUUUGUGGGAACAGCUUCAGUGACAGCUCUAGUCUCAGCAGGCACCGGAGGACUCACAGCAAUGAGAAACCAUAUAUAUGCAGCGACUGUGGGAAGAGCUUUGCUCACAAAGCAAACCUGAUUAAACAUGAGAGAACCCACACGGGAGAGAAACCAUACAUGUGCUUGGAGUGCGGGAAGAGCUUCAGCCAGCAGUCAAAUCUUAUCUUGCACCGAAGGACCCACACUGGAGAGAGACCGUAUAAAUGUCCUGACUGUGGGAAGGGUUUCAGCCGGAGGUCGCACCUCCGUGUCCAUGAGAGAGCCCAUACUGGAGAGAAACCUUUUCUGUGCUUGGUGUGUGGGAAAGGGUUUAGCCGGAGACCGAAACUUGUCACUCACCAAAGGAUACACACGGGAGAGAAACCAUAUGAAUGCUCUGACUGUGGGAAAGGUUUUACCGGUGCAUCAAGCCUUAAUAGACAUAAACAGACUCAUGCUGGACAGAAAAUGGAAAUCUCUGGUCAGCAACUAGUUUUUAACAAGGGCCAUGAUCUGAGCUGAGCAAGGGUACAACAGCCAGCAGCACGAGCCCUAUUCAGAUUCAGUUUCUGUAGACAUGUACGGGUUUUUAUGUGAAUGACUAUGUCUGUUCGUCUUAAAAUGUAACCUGGGUACAGGCCCCCUGAAAUGAAGGAUACAGAUAGGAAGUGUACUGCUGUAUGUAUGUUCAACAUAACAUGUGAAUAAUUGUAUGUGUGUACAGAUCCGUACAUGCAUACCCUUUAAACAGAAACCCUUUCUAUACACAGGUGUCAGUAUACAUGUACAUGGUUUUUCUGUGGAUGUCUGUACAUGUGUUCAUUUUAAAACUGAAACUGGGUACAGGCCCCUCAAAUGCAAGGUAUAGAUAGGAAGUGUACAGGAGGACCUAAGUAUUUGCAGGGGUUCCGCUCUCAUCUAGUACAGCAGAUAACGAAACAACGAAUACCGAGGCAUUGGGACAAUGGAAAUCCAGGAGUUAAGUUCCUGGAUGCUUCAAAAACGGCUAAAAAUGAGCCUAAAAUAGCGAAAAGGUGCCUAUCAUGCUCCAUGGGUCCCCUGUGUUUCAACAAUGCCCCCCCCGCAUCAAAAUCCAUUUUUAAAAAGCAAAAAAAAAAUCACAAUUUUUGGUCAAAAUGAGCCAUAAAAUGGCUCCCGAUCUCUCCCAACCACAAAAUAGCAGGCAGUAAUGACUUCCGUGGUCAUUUCUGGCUGCCCCUGUUCUGUGGCUAUGUGGCUAUAACCUGUUUUACGCUGGUUUUUCCUUGAGUGUACAUAGUUCAGGUGCCAAUUACCCAACAGCGGACUGCAAGUGCCGGACCUGCAAUUGAGGUUCUCCUGUACGGCUGUAGACUGCUGAGCAUAAUAUGCGAAUAACUGUACAUGUAUACACUAUACAUAGAUUUUAUGUGCGUUUAACAUAGUGUGUGAAUAAGGCUAGAUUCUUAUGUUUGGUGCAUGUACUAUCUGUGUACAAUGUACGCAUCUUAUUAACAGAUUAUGUCCAACGCUGUUCUUUGACCAAUGAUUCAUUCCUAGAGUCUUCCUCAAACAUUAUGUUGUACCUGCAUUCAGAUGUCUACAUGAUUUUGUCUGAUUGACUGUACCUACAAGCUAGUUAUUCCUACCAUAAGUGCUCAAUUUGCAGGGAAAACUUUAGUAACAAAGCAAACCUUGCCUCAGGCAGUCACUGGAGAAGCCACUUACUAAAAACAGUAAUAACAAAGUACUAUACAAAAGGCAGCAGAAAUGGGGAAGGGGCCAGUAUAGACUUAAUUAUAGCUGAGUGUGACUGUUUCUCAAAUGGUAACUCUUAAGCACAGUGCUCAGGGAGUAGGUCUCUAUUGAAUUGCAAUGGAAUUUCCUUCUGAGUAAACAUGCUAGGACCGUGCUGUAGAUUUGCCUACACAAUUUUAAAAUUUUAAACAAAUUAAAGAUUGAC